CUGAAACCUGGCCACCUCAAUUUUGCAUUUUUGUGGCAUUUUUUUCUUGCCUAGAUUUGCUUCUUUUAGUGGCAGAAUUUUCUCUACAGCCACAAGACACCUGGGAACCAGUUACUGAAUUAUAAACAAUGUGGACGGAUGGCGUUUAGGUACCUUAAAUAUUCCUUUAUUUUCUAGAUGCCUUACAUUCACAUUUAGAUUUAUGUGCCCCCCCAAGAUGACCUCUGGUCCUACCCUGGCCACCCCACUGAAACAUUUCUGGCUCUGCCAUUGGUGGCAGCACCCGGAGGACAGGAUCUAUCGCAGAGACACCCAUGUGCCGGGAUACCGGCACCGAAAUUAAAAGUGCAGCAAAAGUUUGGGACUGAGAAAGAGGGACAUUCUGGGUCGUUUCGCAUUUAUGGGCUGAACCGUAAUGAUGUUGUCCACUCUCGCUUGAUCUUUCUCAAAACCGCAGAUUUGGCAGAGAAGCCGUCUGCCGCUGUGGUCAGGGAGAGUGGGCACCUGUCCCAGAAUUCCGCGCCUCUUGGCCAAACUUCCCGUGCGGGGGUUGAGGGCUGGUUGGACAGGAAAUGAGGGAGCUGUGGGAUUGGCGCGGCCUCCUGGUCCUCCCAAACCACAGUAAACAUUAGAGGUGCAGCAGAAGGAUGGAAGAGGCAGAGGAAUGGAUGGAGGUUUUCAAGAAAGAGGGGGGGGACAGUUUUGGCUAUAAGGAAUUUGUUACGGCCGCGUCCGAGCUAAACGACGUCCCUGCAGCCUUGUGCCAUGAGAAGGAGGCGUGGCCCCAUUUCAACAUCACCUCUGACACCAUCUCCAUCUUCAGGAAGGCCGAUCUUCACCGGGAGGACCUGCUGCUCUCCAAGGCCCAGGCGCUGGACGUCGACGGACUGACGCGCUUCUUCAGCAUCAAUGAGCUGCGCUACGUCACCGAGUACAACCAAGUGACAGCAGUGGGCCUCUUUAAGUCGAAGGUGAAAACGCACCUCCUGCUGCUUGCCAACAGAGGGAGCCGUGAUUUUGACGACCUUAAAGACAAAAUGGUGGCUCUCGCUCCUGCAUACAGCGGCAAGUUCUUGUUCGUGCUGGUGGACGGGACUGUGAAAUCCAACGCCCACUCCCUGGGCUACUUUGGACUAAAGCCGAACCAGCUUCCCAGGGUGGCGAUCUACAACCAGGACUUGGACAGGAGCUGGCUGCUGCCCCCGGGGGAGAUCACCCCAGAGCGCCUGAGGGAGUUUUGCGACUCCUUCCUGCAGGGGGAGCUCCAGAAGCAGACAGAGGAAGAAAAGAAACCAAACUCAAAAACUGAGCUCUGACGCCGGACUGUGAUUUGAAGCAACCAUUAAAUCUUUCUCUUGUUUUUAUUCGAUUGUAUACACUCUGUGGCCACUAUAUUAGGUGCCCCUACAAUGCACCAGAUAACCCCCCCAUUUGCGUCUAGAACCAGUUCACCAAUAGGUGCAUUGUGCAUUCAGAGAUGAUUUCUGCACCAUGCUGUUACACUCACCGGUUAUUGGGCUCCCUGUUACCUUUAUCAAGUCUGCCGCUUCUCCUCUGAUCUCUCUCUCAUCCACAAAGUGUUUUUCAGUCACAAAAAUGCCAUUGAUUGGAUGUUUUUUUUUUUUUUUGACUUAUCACUCUAUUGUCUGUAAACUCUACGCACUGCAAUUUGUGAGAUGCUGGAACUGUCACGUCCAGCACUGGCAGCCACAGCGCAUUCAGAACUGGGCAGCCGCUCUCCUGUUU